AUGGGCAUCUGGGACUCCUUCACCGGUCGCAAGACUCAAGAACAACCUGCACAGGAUGCGCCCAUGCAAGACAUGGCCGUGACGACAUCGUCGCAACCACAAUUCGAGGCCCAAGACGUCAACUCUUUCUUCAACACACCCGGCGCUUUCGAUCCCGCUUCGCUACACCCCCUCGCUGGCUUGAACCAGGAUACUCUGGACUACCUGUCGCUCGAUGACCAAGCCCUGUCGGAGCUUCCUGGCAACCGCAGUGCCCUGCCGUCGCGCGGCUGGUCCGACGACCUCUGUUACGGCACUGGUGUCACGUAUCUCGCUGGUUUGACUGUUGGAGGAGCCUGGGGUCUUGCAGAGGGUCUGAACAGAUUACCCGCAUCUUCGCCGCCCAAGCUUCGCCUCAACUCGGCCCUGAACGCAAUCACUCGCCGUGGUCCUUUCCUGGGCAACUCGGCUGGUGUUAUUGCUAUGGUCUACAACGGCUUCAACUCCUUCAUUGGCCACUACCGUGGCAAGCACGAUGCUGCCAACAGCAUCGCCGCCGGUGCACUGAGUGGCAUGCUCUUCAAAAGUACAAAGGGUAUCAGGCCCAUGAUGAUUUCUGGCGGUCUUGUCGCUGGCACCGCUGGUGCCUGGACUCUCGACGAUACUUUCACUCGCGCUUUCGCUGAUAUUCUGGUCGCAUCUCGCGUGGCUCUUCAUUGCUCUUUUUCACUCGUCUUCCCCGGCGCCAUCUGGACCGCUCUCUGGUCGUACACCGGCGCGACAACGACAUUCUGCCAAUCAACCAUCAGUUUCAGCACGAUGAACCGGCUGCAAUUCUCUGAGCACUCUUCAGGAGUCGCUGCCAGCUCUUCUGCAUCUGCCUCUACAUCAUUCCCUGCGACUGCGGUCACCUCCAUCCCAAGCUUGGAUGACACAACUGAAUCAUCACAACACGAGCAACCUGUUGACGCUCUCGAAAUCUUCAACGACCCGUUCACCGGCGUGCCCAGUACUCCCUGUGACGUGUCUCGACUCUUCAUGCUAUGUCAGUGCGAGGCUCGACCUUGCCCCCUGUCGAUCCCUGCAUCUCUGUUCUUUCUAUACGUCUAUGCACCGCCCUGGCAAGAGGAAAGUCGCAAAUUCAGAAAGGAAAUCCCUAGGGGCGCGCGAAGCUUCAUGCUCGACUGCAAGGACAAGCAGAAGCUCGCAACAUACACACGCCUCUACACGGAAUGGCUGUUCAGCGGUGGCGCACCACCUUCGCUCGCGAAACUGCAUCGCAAUGCCGAUGGCUCUACCAGUGUCUCUUUUUCAGACAAGGUUCGAGCUUGCAUCUACGUCCUUAGACUCUAUCGGCAGCGUGGUUACCCCUUGGUCCGUUCUUGCAAACAGAUCGCCGCAAUCUUCGGCCAGGAGACUAGCUUCCUAGUCAAUCAGGAGUCCUGGCACAACGUCGUGAUACGCACCGAGCCCCCCGAGAUUCCCGAGAACGUAUGGGACUACGCUUAUCCCACGCUUGCUAUCCCAAGACCUCCAUCGCCUAAGGAACCCAGAGAUCCCACCACAUCCGUCCAGAAUCAGCACUUCCGUGGUCUUGCAUCUCUUCAGUCCAGCGAGCCCAGCGACAUACCAAAUGGAUGGACUCUCUGGACUCCAGUCACUGUACCGAAUCUUCAGCGCGUGGCUCGCCAGAAAGCCUACUUAUAUCAAUGCUCACAAAAUCGCGAAUAUGUCCACAGCGUGGCCGCUAUGCCAAUGCGUGAGACUGGUUUCUAUCGUGCAGUCUACAACGGGCAGAGGGGUGGUGAGAGCACUAGGCUACCGAGCCCUGAUGUGCUCGCUGGUGCCGAAAAUGAAGUUGAGGCUGGAGCCUCGUUCAAUGCAACUGGCCCUGCUCAGGAUCCGCGCCAUCAACUCAUUAAGAGACUCUCCCAGACACCUCACAACACCACACCUGCACUUGACGAUCUUGCUGCAACAAAGCGCGGUGUCGGUCGUCCGCGUCAAUCAACUGCCCCUGCUCCGACCAAAGCCACGGCCAAACCCACCAGAAUCCGUCUCAUUGCUCCCCGCAGACCAUCUACCCCUGAACAAGCCGCUGCUUUCGAAGAGUAUAUGGAGAACCACUCCCCUACCUACACCUACGAUGGUGAAGACAACGAUGAAGUCUUCGAACAACAAAUGCAAGAAAGUGAAGAUUUUCCUGAAUCCAGUUCUAGCUGGAGUUCGGGCGAAGCAAGUUACCAGUUGAGCAUGACUAAGAUGUCAAUGGCGAAGCAUGAACUUAUGACUGCCGGAAUUGACACAGAUGGUAUUGGAAUGUCGGAUCUGGCUGAAGAGAGAGUCCUCUUCAACCCUAAGGAUUGGGAAUAG